AUGCGGUUAGUGCACAUAGGAACCUCGGAUUGCGCCGUCAAGCCAGCCCGUUGGCGUUGGUCGGAAACGGGCAAAUUGCCGUUCGGGGGCGAAACGACACGGUACCGCGACUAUCGCACCGCAAAGGCGAAUAUUCGCGUUUGGUGUGUGCGCGCGAAUAUUAUCGCUUGCCUGCGGUGCGUCGCGAAGUUUCCGGACACG